AAACGUUCGUUGCGUUUUUUGGUUUGUUACCGUCAUUCGUUUCGUUGCUGCGAUUUACUUGGAUUUUAUGUCGAAAUCAGGCUUCAUGGUAUUGCACUUGUAUAUAUUACAAAAAAUUGCCCCAUGAAAGUGCCUAUUGCGAUGGCCAAAGUUAAUAUGGCAAAGACUACAUACAGACUGAGUCCCAAUGAAGAGGCUGCUAUCAUUAAAAAGGAGAGAGAAAGAAGAAGGAAACUGAGAUUACAACAGGUGAGAGAACAAGAGAGAGCGUUUGCACAUAAACUUAGGAAACAGGCAAAGGACAAGAGAGACAAGGAAUUACGCUUAUUGGCAGAAAAUUUACAGGAAGACUGGAAAGAAGAUCAAGAGAGUAAACAAAUAGCAUUAGAAACUCUAUAUGCAGAGAGUUUAAAGAGUGUUGGAGAUGGACACAGAGCUGCUGAAAAAGAGAAUCCACAAGAGAAAGAUGAGAUAAAAUUAGCCAUAGCUGUACAGAAUGAAAAGAGAUCCAAUGAGAGACAUAAUAGAGCAUUAAAAGAACUACAACAACAGAAAAGGGAAGAAUUUGAAAAAGAGAAUUCACACAUUCUUUCCAGGUAUGAACUGAUGAAAGAGUCAUCAUCCAUGCCAGUACAAGUAACCAGUGCUGAUGGAUUUUCUACCACACGCUUUCAUAUGGCCAGUGGAUAUGUUGAAAAAGCAGAUGCCCAUGAACAGUGGGAGGUAGUGUCAUACCAAUAUCUUUAUCACAAAGUGGUUGGUAGUGUAAUACCAAUAUCUGUACCACAAGUGGGAGGUAGUGUCAUACCAAUAUCUGUACCACAAGUGGGAGGUAGUGUCAUACCAAUAUCUGUACCACAAGUGGGAGGUAGCGUCAUACCAAUAUCUGUACCACAAAAAUAUUCUGGAGAUUUGACAUUAGCCUUAGAACCCAAAGUACCAGGUUCUGAUCCUGAUUUGGAUUUAACUACUGGUUCUGAACAACUAGAAAAAGUCUUCACACCCUCUGGAUCCCCAAAGAAAGAUUUCCCGAUUGGAAUUGAUGGGCAAUUACUAUCCCCAAAGAAAGAUGUUGAACCAGCUGCUGAAGCAUCUAAAAGUGAUCCCAAAAGAGAUGCUUGGCUGCCGGAGAAGAAACCAGCUGAUAUGUUAGUUGCUGAAGCUUCUGUGAUACCACCCAUGGAACGAUUGACUGAAGUACAACCAGUAAUUGAUGAUAAAGCUACUGGCAUAGAUGAACCAAUUAUUUCUGGCAGUACAACAUUACUACAUCCUUAUGAACAAGCAACAUUGAUCAGAUCUAAACAAAUUUCUGAACUGGAGAAGAGACAAGAAGAACAACAAAAACUGAUGGAGAAACAAAUUGAACAAAAACGGCUUUUGGAAGAACAAAUAGAGAAAGACAGGAUUGCACAACAAGAACUACAAGACAUGUUAGAAAAAAACAGACUAAGAAUUAUUGAGAAUAGGAAAACCUUUUCUUCUGGUCCUUCUGAUGUUCUCCAAAUUAGAGCUGAAGAUGAACAUCGCAGACUAAUUCAUGAGCAUCAACAGAGACUACUGCAGAAACAAAAACAAACAAAAGAUGGACUUGCUGUAGCUAAGGACAGGUUACAGAGAAGCAGAGAUUCUAUUAUGCAGAAAUAUCCACAAGUCAGACUUCCAACUUUGCAGCCAUAUAAUACUUCAGCACAGUUCAUCCAGCCACAAUAUUUGACAAGACUACCAUCCCAAGUGCCUUUACCACCACAGCAACAUGGCAUGCAAGCACCACCACAGCAACAUGGCAUGCAAGCACCACCACAGCAACAUGGCAUGCAGGUACCACCAGAGCAACAUGGCAUGCAAGCACCACCACAGCAACAUGGCAUGCAGGUACCACCACAGCAACAUGGCAUGCAUGCACCACCACAGCAACAUGGCAUGCAUGCACCACUACAGCAACAUGGCAUGCAGGUACCACCACAGCAACAUGGCAUGCAGGUACCACCACAGCAACAUGGCAUGCAGGCACCACCACAGCAACAUGGCAUGCAGGUACCACCACAGCAACAUGGCAUGCAGGCACCACCACAGCAACAUGGCAUGCAGGUACCACCACAGCAACAUGGCAUGCAGGUACCACCACAGCAACAUGGCAUGCAGGCACCACCACAGCAACAUGGCAUGCAGGUACCACCACAGCAACAUGGCAUGCAGGCACCACCACAGCAACAUGGUAUGCAGGCACCAACACUGCAACAUGGCAUGCAGGCACCAACACUGCAACAACGUUUCAGUUUACAAUCACUAUCACCAACUAUGAGAGAAUCAUACAAUCACCCUGAUCAAGAUUCUUCUUAUGCAAAACUCGUUGUAUCCUCAAGAUUAGAACAGGUACAUUCCAAAAGACAAGAGCAACUUGCAAAACAAAAAGAUUUUUUGGAAAAACAGAGAGAAUCUCUUCUACAACAACAAGUUGAACAGCAAAGAAAGAUGCAUGAGAGACAAAAACAAAUACAAGAACAAGUUGAGAAACAAAAACAGGAGUUGGAACAGGCACAGAGAUAUCAUGAACAAAAUGAUGCAGCCAAAGUUAGUGCAUCAAAAAGACUAUUACGAGGUCCUCCACCAGUUCAGAGGCAUGUUCCCUUAAGUGAUAGUGUACAUCCACAUGAACUAAGCACAAUUGAAGAAAUAGAAUCAUCUAGAGAUGAUGAUGAUGAUAGCUCCCACAUUGAACAACAGGAUCACCAAAGUCCUAAGAGAAAUAAAGAGGCUUAUGCCAGUGUACCAAGCAUUGCUGAAAGAAGUGAGGAGGCUUAUAUAAGUGUUCCAAGCAUUGCUGAGAAAAAUAAGGAAGCUUAUGCCAGUGUACCAAGCAUUGUUGAGAGAAAUAAGGAAGCUUAUGCCAGUGUUCCAAGCUUUGCUGAUGAUGUUGGGAGAGGAAUUAUGUCAUAUCCAUCAUCCGGGCAUGCCCCAUAUAUGGGCAUAGACACAGUUCAGCCAUCUGGUCUUGUUGUUAAGAAUGAUGGACAUUUCAUGCAAACAAUAUGGAAGCCAAGAGCAUCACAUGAGGACUCAUUAUCUAGUGGUAGUUUUGCAUCUGAUAGUAUUACAUCUGGUGAACUUGAAGGGAGAACUGACAAAGUACACCUGGAUUUUAAAUCAUCAGCUUAUGGUUUUAGUACUUACAGUCGUGAAGCCAAAGGAGAGGGUGGACUUGUUGAUCCGGUUUACUUUCAGCGAUCCAAAGUGCAUAGUAGUGAUGAUUCUGACAGUACAUUUGAAAACUCUAAGUUUUAUGAUCUGCCAAAAUCAAGUGGAAGCACCAACAAAGAAGAAGAAAGCCAAGAUAACAAAUCCCCUACCAUGUCUCAUCUUCAAAGUACAAUGUUGAAAACUUUAAUGUCUACAAAUGACAGUACAUCAAAGUCUACAAUCAGUCCUUCAUCUCUGAGUUACAGCAGAGAUAUUGACAGAUUCCAACCACUAAUGCAAGAAACAUUGACAGAUCAUAGCUUUUCAACAGUGGGUUACCCUUCACCCAAAAAGAGCAUGUCUUCAUUACAGUCUACAAAGAAAGAUUCCAAGUCACCUGAAGAAAGACUAAUUUAUAGUCCUUCUAAGAGAAGAUUUAUGUUUGUACCAUCAACUCAAGCAGAUUCAUUGUCAGAACACAGCAUCUCAACACAGAAUAACCUUAGCUUUUCUCCUGGGAAAUCAGGAAAAAGAGUUACAUCUCUAAAUCGAAGUGAUUAUUCAGACAGUAUUUCAUCUUCCAAAUAUUCUGCAAGAGCUACACCUGAAAUGCUUUCCCUGAGUUCAUUAUCCAGCUUCAAAUGGAGGGAUGCUUUAAAGUUUGGCAGUAGCCAUUCAACACCACAAACCACAAAACCAUUAGUGGAAGAUGAUAGCAGAGGUCUGGAGAGGUCUGACGAUAAUGAAGAUUUCCAAUCCCCGGUUCACUCCCCAUCAACUCCUGAACAUAGAGAUUAUACAUUUGGAGAUUUUGGAUCACCGCACAAAACUGAGAAACAAGUUGAAGCUCAGUCGCAAGUUAGUCAAGAAAAAUCUUUAGAGGGCAGUAGUAAAUCUAGUGCAGGUAUAUAUAUUGAGAAACCAACUGCUGUUUAUGAAUACAUUUCAUCUGAAGAUGACAUUGAAUUGCCAAGAGGUCGUGCAUCACAGAUGUCAGAGAUUCCUCUCGUAUCAGAUGCAUCUAUGAGUCAGUAUCCUCUUACUGAAACUGAGAAUGAGUCUCUUUUACUCCAUGAAGGCAGUAUGAGCAGUUCUGAUGUCAAACAUUCUCCAUUACCAAACUACAUGCAAAUUCACAGCCCAUUGAAAUCAAGUAUAGAUACCAUUGAGCAGAUGUCACAAAUAGAAAAUGUCAAAAUUGUAGAUGAUGCAGAUACAGAUACAAGUAUAGUGCCAGGAUUGAUGAGGGAUGCAAGCACAGACAUGUCUGUCAAUAGGUAUGAUAGACUAAUAGAAGAAUCUAGAUCACUUAGAGAAAAGCAUCUCAAUCAGGAACAGGAAGAGAAAAUAAGACUGGAAAUGUUGAGUCAGCGGUAUCAUCAGAUGAAAGAAGCUCUGGAACAUGGGAACCUUGCUGAAAAAGAAGAAACUCAGGAAGAAUAUAGAGAAAGUGGAAUCCUAGAAGAACCAGACCUGACUCUGCUAUCAAUAGAAACAAGUUCAUCCAUUGGUAGCAUUGAUGACUUGCAAGAAGAAUCUUUAGAUUCCUUUGAACAACAUGAAUACCAGAUGAAAGAAAGUCCUUCAAGUGAGACUAGAAAUAUGGACACUAUCUCAGAAGGAACUCUUACUGACAACACUGUAAGUGAGAUGAGAAAUAUGGACACUAUCUCAGAAGGAACUCUUACUGACAACACUGUAAGUGAGAUGAGAAAUAUGGACACUAUCUCAGAAGGAACUCUUACUGACAACACUGUAAGUGAGACUAGGAAUAUGGACACUAUCUCAGAAGGAACCCUUGGUGACAACACUAUAGAUGAUGGAUCAUCCCUUUUACCAUUGAAUAUACCUGGACAACAAGGUGGGUCUAUGAGUUUACAAGAAGCCUUUGAAAAGAGAAAGCAAGACUUUAUAAACUCAUCCAAGAGAAGAGAAAUUGAAGCCAGAGAAAAGGCAGUGAAACAUAAAAAGAAAAUAACCAAAGCUGUUAAAAAUCCCAGAGAUGUCAGAAAGAAGUACGAAAUGGUCACUGAAGUUGGUACAACAAUGGAUGCCCAAGGAACUACAAAAACUGUCCAAUUUCUUGGCAACACAGAGGUGAUGACGAAGCCUACAAAAAAGAAAACACCAAUGGUUUCCAUGACAAUUAAGACUUUAGAUGACAGAAAGAAAGAAGAAAAGGAAAUGAAAGAAAGAAACCUCAGAACAGUAAUUUAG